CCGCUGCACCACCAGCCGCCACAACCGCUGCGCCGGCUGCUGCUACAGCUGCUGCUCAGCAAAACACCACCAGCGCGACGGACAUCUGCCUGAAUGCCACUAGUCCUGCAGCAAACGAAGUGUGGCUAACGACAGGAAGCUUCAAACGCUUCAAUUCCGCGAAAUAUCCAUCCACUUACGGAAGCGGGGACGGCCAGGAAUGGGUGUUUUGCGCCACUAAUCCAGCGGACAGGAUAAUGAUCACCUGCAGCGACUUCCAGGUCGGAGGCUUCUUCUUUGAUUGCGUGGACGACUCUCUGACCAUCUCCAAUGCUAAUUCAUCUAAUAGCAAAUAUUGCACCACGAACGGCCCUCAGCUCGUGCAGACAACUGAACGAGGAACUAAGGUCACAUUCACAGCCUCGACGUCGAACGUUUAUAAAGGCUUUACCUGCACUGCCCAGGCGGUGAGAGAAACCAACUGUCAAAGCGCCAUCAACCGAGCAAGUUACGAGGUGUGGUUAGCAAAUGGAACUAGUGAGACCUUCACGUCCCCAAACUAUCCAUCCAAUUACGGCAGGGGAGACAGCAAGAGAUGGGUUUUCUGUGCUAUUGACCCCGACGACCGCAUACAGAUCUCCUGCAACGAAUUUACCGUCGGCGGCUUCUUCUUCGAUUGCACGGACGACACCUUAACCAUCUCCAACACCGACUCUAACGGCAAGUUUUGCCUGAAUAAAGGGCCUUUACUGGUGGACACGAUUGAACGCGGCACCGAAGUCAAAUUGUCAACCUCCUCUCCGUAUGGUUAUAAGGGCUUCACAUGCACUGCAACAGCGCUGAGAACACCGUGUCGGGACCCUAAGAAUAGAGCAUCAAAUGAAAUUUGGUUAGAAAAUGAUCAAGUUGAACCAUUCACUUCCUCGGGAUACCCGGCAUCGAACUAUGGCAAUGACGACACCAGGGAAUGGAGGUUCUGCGCCGUCGACAGCAGUGAUAAGAUAGAAGUCACCUGCAGCGCCUUUCACGUCGGAGGAGCCUUCUUCGACUGCCUGGACGACACCUUCACGAUCUCCACGUUGAACUCCACCAGCAAAUUCUGUGGGAUCACAGGACCGUCAUCUGUGACGACGAAUGAGAGAGGAACUAGCGUCAAGCUACGCGUUUACACCGGAGAGAUUUACGAUGGAUUCAGUUGCUCUGCCAAGGCCAUCAGAGCCGAGAUUUGCAUGAAUGUAACCAAUCCAGCGAAUAAUGAAGUAUGGCUUCAGACAGGAAAGAGCGAGGCAUUCACAUCGCAGAAUUAUCCUUCCAACUACGGGAGCGGCGCAAGCGAAAAAUGGGUAUUCUGUGCUGUUAACGACACAGACAAGAUAUCGAUAAGUUGCAGCGACUUUGAAGUUGGUGGCAAGUUCAUCUUUUGUCUGGAUGACUUCCUGACUAUCUCCAAUACUAAUUCAGGACAAGGUCCUUACUGCGGGACAGACAAGCCUGAUUCCGUGGUGACAACUCAGCGAGGAACCACUGUCGAGUUGUCUGUCUCUCCCUCUGUUUACUACAAAGGAUUCAACUGCACAGCUACUGCCGUUAACCAAUAGGAAAGAUAACAUCACUUGCAAAUAAACCUGGUGCAGUACCAUAUCCACCAGACAAGAAAAGAAAAGAAGCAUGAUAUUCCUCAUGGAUUAUCCAAUUUAAUCAGCACAAUCACCCUUUUGAUGUUGACCUCAAGAGAACUUCACAACACGAAGAGGUUACAAUUCCUUUUGAUAAUUUGUCUUACGAACAACACUGUGACUGAAUUGAAGAGAUUAGGACAAAAAGGUUUUAAUAAACGCAUUGGUCUGUUUAUCAAAGUCUGUGUUUGGAAUGGGCAAAAAUUGUUUAGUAAUCUAUUAUUCAUUAAAUAUU